AUGUUCUUGCCCGUCAAAUCCAACACGUCCCCGGUAGGCACGGAAACGGCAAACGGGGAGGAUGUCACCACUGUAACAUGCAACUCUACGCAAACACCGAGCGAUCUCAGCCCACCGAACAUGUCGAACGACGACAUACUGCCCCAGGCCCACCACCAGAACCCGGGCCACUGCAUAGCGUCCUUUUCCGCCAUCAACCGGAUGCGCCAGAACACGCAGCUCUGCGAUGUCACGCUCGAAGUUGGAGGCGAAACGAUCAAUGCACACAAAGUGAUACUGGCCUCCGUUUCGCCGUACUUCUACGCCAUGUUCAACGAUGACAUGCUCGAACGGAACUGCGACGUGGUCACGCUGCACGACAUUGACCCGUCCUCGCUGAAGCAGCUCAUCGAGUAUGCCUACAGCGGGGAGAUUACCAUUACCGAGGAUAACGUUCAGGUACUUCUGCCCGCUUCCAGCCUGCUUCAGAUACAGUCCGUACGGGAGGCGUGCUGCAAGUUUUUGCUUCGCCAACUGCAUCCCUCAAACUGUCUGGGAAUCCGAAGUUUCGCAGAUGCCCACUCGUGCAAGGAGCUACACUCCCGAUCCCACCGCUACGCCCUGCAGAACUUCCAGCAAGUCGUCGGCACCGAGGAGUUUUUAUUGCUGGGAUUUAAUGAGGUGCAAGAUUUAAUUUCCAACAGCCAGCUAAACAUCUGCUCCGAGGAAAAGGUGUUCGUGGCCGUGCUGAACUGGAUCAAGCACGAUCUCAGCGAGCGUAAGAAGCACAUAUCGGAGCUAAUGUCGCACGUCCGGCUGCCGCUGGUCAGCCGCGAGUUCCUCAUGAACUGCGUCGAAACGGAAGCGCUCGUGCGCGAAGAAUCGCACUGCAAGGAGCUGCUCCUGGAGGCCAUGAAGUACCAUCUACUGCCGGAGCAGCGCAGUGCCCUUGUGAGCCAGCGUACGCUCGAGCGUCGACCGGAGGGGAUGCGCUCGUACAUCUUUGCCGUCGGCGGCGGCAGUCUGUUCGCGAUCCACAACGAGUGCGAGUGCUACAAUCCGAAAACGAACGCCUGGAUGACGAUCUCGCCGAUGCUCUCGAGGAGAUCGCGGGCCGGUGUCACCUCGCUCCGGAAGCUACUGUACGUGGUCGGCGGUUACGAUGGCGAGAACGACCUGGCCACGGCCGAGUGCUACAAUCCGCUGACGAACGAGUGGACCCACAUCACGCCGAUGGGCACGAAACGGUCCUGUCUCGGUACGUGCGCCUUCGAUGGGUUGCUGUACGUGUGCGGCGGGUACGACGGUGCGUCCUGUCUGAGCAGCGUCGAACGGUACGAUCCACUGACCGGCGUUUGGACGUCCUGUCCGGCGAUGAGCACCCGCCGGCGGUACUGCCGUGUGGCGGUGCUGGACAAUUGCAUCUACUCACUCGGAGGGUUUGACUCGAGCAACUACCAAUCGUCCGUGGAACGGUUCGAUCCGCGCGUCGGCAGUUGGUCCUCCGUGCCGAGUAUGACGUCCCGCAGAAGCAGCUGUGGUGUGGCCGCCCUAGACGGUUACCUUUACUGCAUCGGCGGAAGUGACGGGACGAUGUGUAUGCAGACUGGGGAACGGUUUAAUCUGCGAACCAACGCCUGGGAACCGAUCAGCGCGAUGCACUCGAGAAGGUCAACUCACGAGGUAGUCGAAGCGAACGGAUUCCUGUACGCCCUCGGUGGCAACGAUGGUUCGUCGUCGCUCAACUCCGUCGAACGGUACGAUCCGAAGGUGAACAAGUGGACCAUCGUCACGUCGAUGCUGACGCGCCGCAGCUCCAUCGGUGCCUCGGUGCUGGAGUGUUUCAACCUCGAACGGGGUCUCCUGCAGACAAGCAUUUGA